AUGUCUUUCAACCGUCGGAGAGCACCCUCGUUGACCUCGGACGAUGCAACGUCCUCGGAAUCGUACGAAGACGAUGGCGUGUCAGAUUACACGGAAACUACAGACUCAUCCAACGGUGACUUUAGGAGAGCGUUGGAAAAGAGGAGACGACAGCGCUUGCAGCAGGAGUGGGACGAAAGCAUGGAACAGCUCCAGCUCAUCUUUGUCGUCGUGCUCAUGCCAUGGUUUGGCAAAUUCUGGGGCCGAAAAUGGGCCCAUGCGCUACACACACGGUACCUGCGAGUAGGCCUUGGGAAACCCUUUUUCUAUCUCUAA